UUGUGUAAUAUGUUCUCUGUGUUUGUAUCUAUUUCAACACAGUCCUUAACUCUUGCUGUUCUGUCUUUUGACAGAUUAGUAGCAAUUUGUUUACCACUGAGGUAUCAUAUGAUUGUGACCCACAGAUCAAUGCUUGUUAUAAUUGGAGUCACAUGGGCAGUGGCACUGCUUAUGGUAAUCGCUGCUACAGUUUUUAUCAGCAGGCUUUCUUUCUGUAGAGUUAUUGUCAUCAUAAAUAGUUUCUACUGUGAUCAUGGCCCUAUAUAUCAUUCUGCCUGUAGCAGCAAUUUCCCAAGCUCUGUGAUAGCCCGUUUGUACCCAAUAUUAAUUCUCGGCUUUCCAGUAUUUUGGAUCAUCUUUUCAUACACAUGCAUAGCUGUGACACUGUUUAGAAUAACAGCUCCACAGGACCGUCAAAGAGCCACAAAGACAUGUACUGCUCAUUUGAUAGUAGUGGCCAUAUUUUAUGUACCCAUCACUUUUACAUAUGCUCUUUCUUCCAUGAUAGACACGAACACAAGGAUCAUUAAUCUCUCUCUGACCUCUGCACUUCCUCCAAUGCUUAACCCUAUAAUCUACACAUUCAAGACAGAGGAGUUCAUAAUCUCUUUGAAAAGGCUUUUUAAACGGAGAACCAUAUUCCCAUCUCCAAAAUAA